ACGGAACUAAUCUACACUUACCAGACAAAGAAUACCUAAUUCCAUCACUCUAACGUAACUCAUUUCAUUUAAUACCAAAGAUAUGCACGAAUCACUGGAAAUAAUCAGUGUUAAAGGUACAUUUUGCCCAUAGUCUUUUGUUAAGAAAUGAGAUUGUUUACAAGUGACAGGAAGAAACCGAGGCUGGCGGAGGUUAGAAUUACUUCGCCCUUUACACCUUUCCUCGCCACUCAGAUGCUUUGAUCCUGCACAGCUUUAGGCUGGACUCCUGAUCCUGGCUCAAAAGAAAGAGAAGCAUCAUGAAAGCUACACUACGGCGAUGCUCAGACCCUUUACAUUGCCAACACCUUUGGGAUGCUAUCAUCACCAUCCGCAACCACAAACAACUGCCCUCAUUUGACAGGAUCCGACGGUACAUGAGUAGAAUGCACAACAUGGAGUCAGACGAAGUGGAAAAGCACCUGGAGGAAUGUGCAAGUGACAACCUGAUAGCAGUUACACGUAAGGUGGACAGAAGGGCUCCAAGGUUGGCAUUGAACAAGAGGGCUUCAGGCUGCCCACUCCACCUGAGGAACCAGACCGCCAUGACUGGUACUGCUUUGAGUGCCACAAAGGUGGGGAGGUGGUGUGCUGCUCCAAAUGCUACCGUGUUUACCACAAGAUGUGCAUCAAUGUGGAAGACCAGCCUUAUGACAAUGAGCCCUUUGUUUGUGUUGUGUGCAAGAAACGCUUAUACCAGAGGAGUGUCAAAAGUCGUAUUAACAGAGAAGAUCUCAACAUGCUUUUAGCUUUCACUGUCGAAAGACUAAAAGAAAGGCUCCCGGUAAAUAUAUUAGAACGAGUCAUCCCAGCCCCUUCUCAAAAGCCCGGAGUGUUCUUGAGUGACCGAGCUGCCACCAGCCACCAGUCAUUGAUACGGGCAGACCAGAUGAGCCGUGUUUCAGCAUCUGAGCCGUGGCGAUCACAGCUACUCUUGCAUCAUCAAAUGGAUCUCAACACCAUGGAACAAAAGGCAUCUGAUUGCAGAUACAAGACGCUUUAUGACUUUGAGAUUGAUGCCUUAACCAUUGUACAUAAUGUCGUUUUAUAUCAAGGAGUUCAUAGCACAAUAGCAGACAUGGCAAGACAGAUGCUGCGGGACUGUCAGUAUGACUUGAUGGAGCUUGAGCAGUGCAAGGAUUGCUACAGAAUGUCAAAUGAAAAAUCAGACAAGUACUGGUUCUGUAAGCCUUGUCGACCACCUCAUCAGUUAGUGUAUGCCAAACAGAAGGGAUUUCCAUAUUGGCCAGCAAAGGUAAUAAAGGUAGAAAAUGAUCUGUAUGAUGUAAGGUUCUUUGGGAGUCAACAUCAGAGAGCAGUCAUAGAAAAAUCCCACAUUCGUCCAAUCUCUGUCAACAUACACACACUCCAGGUAAAACGCACCUCUGCCUGGAAUAAAGCUUGUGAAGAGCUGAAAAAGCACCAAGAAUUGCUAACAGCUGCAUCAAGUAAUGAAACAGAGCAGCGUAACCCUCUCCGGCCUGACUCAGAGCUGAGGCACCGAGGAGACUUAAUGUCACCUGAUCAAGAAUCUCGACACACUCACAGAUCUCAAACACACCUUCUUCAGGCAUCACCAAAGAAGGAAGGAAGAGAAGAUGAGGAUAGAAGCAGCAGUGAUGAGGAAAUGCAUGAUGCAGAUGACAAUGAUGAUGAUGAAGACAAUGAAGGUGAUGAUGAUGAGCCUGGUGAAGAUGAAGAUGAUAAUGAAGAUGAUGAUGAUGAUGAUGAUGAUGAAGAGGAGGAGGAGGAAGAAGAGGAAGAACCAGAAGAAGAGCAAGCCUCAUCCAUCUCAUCCACAUCUAAGUCCAAAACACCUAAAGUCAGAAAGAAGGAACCCCCAGCCCCAGAAGAUGUGGUUUCUUCCUCCAGUCAAGAGCUUCCCACCCGCUCUGUUGGCAUCCAGACUUCAAACAGGCUCAUGAAGAUGGCAGUAGCAGAAUAUGGUGAGAGGUCAAACAAAAGAAUUAAAGACACUGAAAAAGCAAUGCGGGACUUGGCAGAAAAGUUGCGCCGAGAGUAUGAAGCUGAGAAACAGAAAGUCAUCCAGUCUACCAUGAAGCAGAUGGAAAAAGAAGUAGACCGUGUGAAAGAAGAAUAUCGAUCAAAAAUAUCAGAAAUUGAAGAAAAGCACAAACAUAUUGUAUCAGACACAAAGAAAAAGCAAUGGUGCUGGACCUGUGAGGCUGAAGCCAUCUACCACUGCUGCUGGAACACUGCCUAUUGCUCCAUUGAGUGUCAGCAAGUCCACUGGCACAAAGAACACAAAAAGCUAUGCCGUAGAAAAAGGUAACUUAAUCUUACCAGAUUAGAGGGAAGCUGAAUGUUUUAUAUGAAACUUUCAAGUCUGGUUUUUCAUUUUGUGCUUUGAAGAAAAGUUACUAAAGUGUUGGAUUAUUUUGCAAUAUAUGGUCUGGAAAUAUGUGUUGAAUGUUGUGGUAGAAAUGUCUUUUCAUGACUCUCAAGUCCUUUUGACUGUAGAAAGGAAAACAAGUGAUUUAUUAUUUCCUUUUUACAACAUUUAGCCUUUGCUAAAAUGAUUCUACAAAGUUUCUUUAGAGUAAUGUAAUACAAUCUGAUAUUAAAUGAUAGCUGAGGACAGUCUAAAUGAGCUGAUGAAAGGAUCUGAUCAUUCAGCAUGAACCCAAAGCUGUUGUUUUAUGAACAGUACAUGUGGUGAUAGGUAUGCAUAUUAUAUUUUAUAUAGUGUUGUGUUUUAUCAUGAAAUGGUCCUAUAUAAUAUUAGACUGUUGAAUGUACAACACAGUGUGACCCCAGACUUCUAGGCAGACUAACAAGUACAACUGUGAGGAUGGUACAAGCUUAUCUUAGUUUGUAGUGGUGUGUGUCAGCAUAAGCUGCAAUUUGCAUGGUCAAUGUCCCCAGACAUUAAAUGGAACAUAAAGGAGAGAGAUUAGAUAGUAAGGUUUUCAAGUAUUUUCUACUGUUACUUUCUGCUAAAGGAAAUGAUCAUGAGAGAGAAAGGUUACAAUUGGGAUCUCAAAAAACAGUUUGAGGAGGUUACCUAAUGUCAUUAAGAUUUAGACUGAGUGGUGUUUUCCCAAAAGUUAAUAAUGCUUAUUUCUCUUUCUUAUAUUGAAGCUAUAUGCAUUCUUUGCAGAGUUCUUCCUAUCCAGUUAUUGUUGUUAACUGCUUAUUCUUCACUGUACUGAGAGAGGUUUUCACUUCUUUAUGAUUACAUUAUGCUUUUAUGUUAAGAUUUCCUCUCUGAAAAGUAGAAGUUUUCUUUUAUUUGAAAUAUCAUCAUAGUAUGUUUGUAAUCUGGGGUAACUACUCUCAGUGUAACUGUUGAAACAUUGUUUGAUUCUUGUAAUUAAUCUAUUUUAUUGGCUAUAAUAGGUAUAUUUAUUUCUUAAAAUGUUUAUGGAAUACUUUAGAAUUCUUCUGUAAAUGUUGUACAGUGGUAAACCCUCAACUUAGGGGGAAUGUGUAAUAUACUGACUUGAGAUCAUAUUAUCUUCAUAUUAAGAAGUUUUUUAAGCAGGUGGUCAAUUCAAAACUAUUUUGAAGUGGAGGCAAGACUCCCACUGCUUGUAGUUGGCAUUAUUGGCUUGUCAGGUAGGUCAUGUGCAGUCCUGGGAGAUAGGCUCACUAACAAGGGGCACUCCUGUGCACACUAUCUACUGUCAUGCUAGAGGAUGUAUUUCAUUCCUUGUGUCCCAUAUGAACUUAAACUGCCUUUUUUGUUUUGCUUGUAAUGAGUGGAUACCUUUCUCUCUUUUUGCUAUUUUAAUCUAACAAAAAAAAAAAAAAAAUGAAAACAGCCCUUUGUAACUAGCUAAGGCAGAGAGGCAGGAGCUUAAAUUCUGUUAAGCUUAGUCUUUAGGUGCCUACAUUCAGCUAGUGAUAGGUUUUGGUGAGAGCCAGAGACAACUCAGUCACUGAAUGUAACUCAUGUUAAUGAAACAUGUUAAUGAAUAAGGAUACCAUCCCAAGUAGAGUGUCAUGAUUUUAUUUAUUUAAUUUUUAAUUUUAAUUUUUUUUUUUUGUGUGUGUGUUCUUACAUGAGAAAGAGUGUAGAUACUCUUUACAUUUAUAUGAUUGGAAAGGGACCUAUGAAGACAGCCAACCAGAGUAGACCUCCUGUAUAUAGAAUUUCAGCACUCUGGAAUUAAGUUAUACUGGACUUAAAUGACAAAUUAUCUGCAUUAGACAUAUCAGACAGUGUACAAUGGAACUUUUAACAAGCUAGACCAAAUUGUCAUCAUUCAUCAGGAGACAGAAGCUUGACUGUUAUGGCAACAUCUACAAUCAUGACACACUGCUACUUGAGGUGCUUCCUGUAGUAAUAAGACAGGCUACACAGAGGUUAGUAUUGAGUCAUUGCUUGCCUUUAUCCAGAAAGUGUCUCUGGUUAUCUGUAUUUAAGAAUUAGUCUAAAAAAUAUGAACUAGAAAUGUCUAUAUAGGCAGUAUUAAAAGAUUCAUAAAUAAUUUUGGCCGUAUUGCCAGUACCAAAAGUUCUAUUCAAAAGUGAGAGGAAAGAUAUAACCGAUAACUGACUGAGCUAUUAUUUACUCUACUUGCAAGGCAGCCAAACAGCAUGUUCUUCCUCUUGACAUUAGUGGGAUAAGGGCCCACUCAGACUCAACAGGUUUGUUUGUGUGUGUGUGUGUGUGUGUGUGUGUGUGUGUGUGUGUGUGUGUGUGUGUGUGUGUGUGUGUGUGUGUAUGUGUGAUUCACCUGCAGUUGUCUGCUGGUCACCCAGCCAGCUGUUCCCCUACGGAAAGAGCUCAGAGCUCGUAGUGACCGAUCGUCAGGUAGGACUGAGACCAAUGACACACCGCACACCAGGACAGCGAGGUCACAACACCUUGGGUUACAUCCUGUACCUACUUGCUGCUAGAUGAACAGGGGUUACACAUUAAGAGGCUCGCCCAUUUGCCUCGCCAUGCCUGGGAUUCAAACGCGGGCCUUCUUGGUUGUGAGCCAAGCGUGCUAACCACUACACUACGUGGUGUGUGUUUGUGUGUGUGUGUGUGUGUGUGUGUGUGUGUGUGUGUGUGUGUGUGUGUGUGUGUGUGUGUGUGUGUGUGUGUGUGUGUGUGUGUGUUUCUCAUCUCAUUUCUGUAGGAAGCGCCUUAGUUCUGUUUGUAUUUUUUAAAACACCUGAGAGGUGUAGGAAAGUCUUAACCCAGCUCAUGUAAUCUGUUGUUGAGUCAGUCCAAGAGGGAAGAAUGAAUGGCAGUCAUCCCACUACUUGCCUUAUUUUUUUUAUCUAUUUAUUAUUUUGUUUAUUUAUUUAUUUAUUUAUUUUAUUCAUUUUUUAUUUAUUUUUUUUAAAUGGGAUGUGCAAUUUCUUUCCUCUCCUGAAGCCUCCAUUUUACUGCCUUGAUUCUGUAUCAAGAAGAAUUUACUCAUACAUAGUUCCAGCAUAUACCUAAUGCACUUUGUUAUGUAGUAGUCUUCAUAUUAUAAUAGACCUCCAACUUUUGUGCUGUAACUGUCAUCAUGGUUUCAAGAUAUUGUUAACUAUCAGUACCUUGAGAAAGUAUAAAUGAUUUGUUGAGUGGCAGCUUGAAGAAUCUAGUAUUUAUGUGUGUUCUAUAGUAAUGGAUAAAGAGAUAAUGGUGCAGUUUGAUAAUGUCCCUGUUCUAAUUCAUCAUUAUGGAUGAUACGAGGGCAGCUGUGUGAUCCACUUUUGGUAAUUCACUGUUCUUUAUUGUUUUUUCUUGCAUUUAGUGGGUCUGUACCUCAAAUCUUGUUAGUGCAGAAAGUGGUGUGCAUUUUUCCUGUACCCAAAAUACUUUAGGAUUUUGUUAUUUAUCUUAAUCAUCCAAUAUUUUACACUUUUUUCUUUUUAUUAUACCAUAUGUAUAUUUUUUCCACUUUGGAUAUUAUGUUGAACCAUUGUGGUCACACACACACACACACACACACACACACACACACACACACACACACACAGUAGGAGGAGGAGGAGGAGAAGGAGAUGACGAUUAAUCUGGUUUGCAAGGUCCCAACUCUUAAGCUUAUGUCCCAUACCCAUUUUCUGCUAGGUGAACAGACCAGAUGCUACUCUGCAUUGGCUUCUACUCCUCCCUCUGCUGUGGACCACUUUUAUGUUAUAUUUACCUACUAUUCAUAGUCUUUAUCUUUACUCUCAAAUCUUUAUUGCAAAUCAUCUUUUAUUGAACAUUUUCUGAUACACUAAUGCCAUUUGGCCUCUGUUGUCUGACUUUGCUAACCAGUUUCAUCACAUAUUAUGUGUGUAGCCGUCCUCCUUGCUGUUUUGGAAACAUCAGUGAGUUUAUGUUUGAAUUUGUUUGGUGUUUUCAUAUUGCAUUGCCAGUGAUAUAGGAAAACAGUAAAUGCAUCAACAUCAACCAUACUACAGGCUUAUUUGUAAUGUACCAACAUCAGUGUAUGUGUAGCUAACAAACAUUAUUAUUUAUCCAGCAUACUAGAACUACCAUGUGUGCUAGUUAGCUGGGUUAUUACCAUUUUUGAUAUAUAGUGCAGUGGUGAUGGAGCUGCUGAAAGGAUUUAGUAGAUAUUGUCAUUGCACAAAGUUCCCAUGUGUUUCCACAAAUGUACUUAAAACUGUUGUUAAAAUGCUGGAGGUUUGUAGCAAAGCUUGAAUAUUUCUCUCCUCUAUUACCUAUUGAUAUUAUUUUAUAAAUUACAGUUUAGUUGUAUAUAUAUAUACUAACAUCAUUUUAUAGAUGUUUUAAAUAAGAAUAUUUUUGUUUGUAUUAAAUAAUACAAAGACUGGAUUUGUGGCCCUCCUAUCUUUGUUUUAUGUUUUAGGAUUUAAAGUUUACCUUCUAUAUGCUGUACAUUUCUAGCCACGUGCAUUGUUAGGCUGUACCAUGCUGAAGGCACAGCCUGUGCUGGCAUGGGCUUAUAAUGUGUUCAUUCUUGUACAUGUAAGAGGCCCAAGCUAUCCACCUUGCCUCUCUUGACAUAGAUAAUGCCACAAUGGGUAACCAUUAAGUAAUAUUAAGCAAGUAGCUAAAAGUUUACUUUAUCUCAGGUUCUUAGCACGGGGAGGUCAGAACUUUAUCAGAAUAUCACUUCUUUUCCUCUCAUAUACUAAAAAAUUAUGUAUUGGAUAUAAUAUACUGACAGGAGUCUGUUGAAAGGAAUUUUCAUAUUCCUACAAACAUGUUUGACAAACUACAAGGUUGAUGAAUUUUAUGUUUUGUGACGUUUACAUGUUUAGUGCUUACAAAUGUGAUUCUCACAUCUCAUCUGAAUUCUUAUUCAUGUUAUUUUUGUUUAGUUUUUUGUUUUAAUGCUGUCUUUUCUUUAGAAAUAUUCUACUUAUUAAAGACGUUUGAUUGUUAUUAUUUAUGUUUAAAGGUUUUACAUGGUAUAAAGUAAAACAUGAGUUUUAUGGAAACUACUUCCUCAGGGAAGAUUAUAGUAUAAUGAAAUUUGACUUGCUUAUGUUUACAGUCUUUUAUAUAGCCAGUCUUGCAGCUCAUUAUUUAUUUCUGUUGAAGUACUGUAGUUUGCAUCAUGUUUUUAUUUGUGCAUUGUGCAAUAAUUAUUAGCAAUACAGAAAUAAUUUUAAAUGUUUUGUUAUUAUUACAUUGAAUAUCUAGAGGUGCUACAAAGCAGUGCUUUUAUCUCCAUGGCCUUUGUUGGGUGAACAUAGCUGGUUAGGAAGUGCACAUAGGAAUAUAAUGAGGUAGCUUCUUUUAAAAAAAAAAGAAUAAGUAAAAACAUGUUCAAGAUGAGGCAUGCAACACAUGAAGAUACUGUUUUGUAUAUUUUAUAUAAAACAUGGUAACAUGUAAUUUUCAGGUUUCUUUGUUUAGUAGCAAAAAUAGUUAAUUAUUAUUGUUGAAAGAACACCAAAGACAGAAUCAUUAUUGCAAGAUUUGGUUAAUUGUGCUUAUGUAUGUUAUGUGCCAUCAGUUGUUAUGUUUGUAUGUGACACAAAUUUACUAGCCAAGAAUCUCAAGACUAAUCCAGCAGUUGUUUCCUUAUUGUAAAAUGAUGUUGCAUAUUUUACAUUUAUCGAAUUAUUACUAAUAAAACAUAAGUGCUGGUUUGUGUAUGUCAGUUGUCAGUAGCACCAGUGUUUAGGGAAUGGCAGUGUAUAUUAACUGAUUAAAUGCAGAAAACUGUUGUUGCUAGGUAAUGAAUAGGAGAUAGAAUUUUUAAGUAAUGUAGAAAAAAUUUCACAGUGAUUCAUCUCAAGAUUCAUGCUGAUGCAGUAUAAUUUUGUUAACUUUUUUGUACAAAAUGUGAAUCCACAGCAAUUCAUCUUCAACAAAAUACAACAGCUUGUCUGGUAGAUGUUACAUUAAGGUGAUUGCACUAUGUAUUUUAACCGGUGUUUGUAAUGUAGAGUAGAAUACAUAGUGGGUUGGUACCAAAACCUUGUCAGAAAUAAUGAUUUGUAAAUGUUGCCAAUCAACUAUGGUGACCACUGAUCCUCAUAGGAUUAUGUAGGUUAAAUGUCCAUUGUUGUAGAGUAACUAGUAAAAACAAUAAAUCAAAGAUUGUAUUAGAUACAGUCAAUCUACAAAAGCAUUAGCAUUAUUCCUAUAAAGCAAUACCCUUUAUAUUAAUAAUUAAUGAUGAAAUAAAUUUUCAUUUCAAAUCGAA